AAUGUCACAGAUUUAUGUCUUUCAGCUCAUUGUUUUGGGGUAAGUGUGGCCUGAGUUCUCAUGUGUGCAACAAUCAAUCUUAUGAUGCAAUCUCUUUACAGAUGGAGGGAGUAACAGGAUGAAAUAAAUCAACUUCUGCUAUUGAGUGUUGUCAUUGUGUGAUGUCUCUAUUACUUUGUUGUGUUGCCUUUGCUAUCACUUCUUAAGGUAUUUUUUUUUUUUUUUCCCUAGUAGAUUUCAUAUCCACUGUGCUGUACAUCCUCCCCAUAUAUAAAUUUCUGUUCCUGGUGACUAAUUCUUGGUUUGGAAAGGUAAAGUUGAAUAUAUAGGAGUGUAUUAACUCAAAUAUCCCCUGAUCCAUACAAAACAAAUAGGAGUCAUAGACUUCAUGAAUGGAAGGUAUAUCUUCUGUCUCCCUAUUCUGCACUCUUAUACCCUCUUCUAUCCAAAUGCUAUGAUUUGAUUUUUAUAUUAUGACUUGAGAUUAUGCAUGAGCAUGUGUUUCAUUUUUGUAUGACCUUCUGUCUGAUUAUUUCUUCAUAUUUCACAAAGGUUGGUUCUCUACCUGUUUAUGAAAAUUUGAGACAAUUGAAGCUGGUGAUUCGAGAUUGCUUUUGCUGGGAGUUGCUCACAGAAUUACUCAAAAGAUCACCUAUCUUGGAGUCUCUCAUCUUAGAACGUGAAGUUGCCGGUUGUCUUCAAGAACACUCUGAUCAUGAUGAAGGGUCACAGUGUGAUAAAAACUCCGAGAGUGAAGAGGUUUCUGAGCAUGAAGAGGACUCAGACGAUGAAGAGGGGUCGGAUAGUGAACAAAGGUCAGAUCAUGAUGACGGGCCAGUGAAUGAACAAGGGUCAGAUCAUCAAUGGAAUCCUCCAGAUUGUGUGCCAAAAUGUUGUUUGUUACACCUCAAGAUUGUCUCCAUAGAGGGAUUCACGAGAAACCGCAAUGAGUUGGAAGUGGCAAAGUACUUGCUGAAGUAUGGUCAAGUUUUGAAUAAGAUGACUAUAUCUAUGGAUGAUCUUGAUGUGAAUGAAAAAGAGAAGAUUUAUAAGGAGAUUUUGAUGGUUCCAAGGGGUUCAAGAACUAGUAUAGUUAAAUUCAUCUAG